CGGAAGAAGAAGGGGCGGGCCCGACACCCCCACGCGCUCGCAGGCUCGCACACUCGAUGGGAUCCUGCGAGGCUAGCAUAGCCCAGUCCAAAAAGCAGCCGGGCUUCGUUCUCAGUCUUUUGAAAUGAGCGACAGCGACGAUGACAUUCCCACGCUGUCGGCUCAUACUCUGUCGGCUCUGCGGGAGUUUUACGAGGAGUCCCGAAGCGAGAACUCCCGCGACGAUCCGUCCACAGCCGCGGACCACUUUACCGUGGGAGCCUUAAGCGAAGACUGGAGUAUGAGUCAAUUCUGGUACACUGACGACACAGCAACACGAUUAGCUGAGGAGCUUCUACUCCAAGCUGGAGGAGGAGGAAGGAUCGCGUGCGUGAGCGCCCCCAGCGUUUACCAGAAGCUCAAGCAGCUAUGCGGCCCCGACGAUGGUCCCGCGGCCAUGGCGGUCCUGGAGUACGACCGCCGCUUUGCCAUCUAUGGCGACGACUUCAUCUUCUACGACUACAACCAUCCGCUGGCAUUUGCAGAGCGCGGCGUGGCGCCUGGCAGCUUCGACGUGGUCUUGGCCGACCCGCCCUACCUCUCGGAGGAGUGUCUCACCAAAGUAGCCCAGACUGUCAAGUACCUCACCAAAGGAAAAGUGCUGCUUUGCACAGGUGCCAUCAUGGAGAAUCUGGCCAAGGAUCUUCUGGACGUGAAAGUGUGUCACUUCCUACCUCAGCACGAGCGCAACUUGUCCAACGAUUUCCGGUGUUUCGUCAACUACCCGUCGCCGCUGCUGUCCCGCUGAUUGGCGGGAAGGGGUACAAGAAGGCAGGCCCAUCCGGUAGCUGAAUGGACAGAGUGAAGUUCUCAAAGGUGGAUGUCGAAUCACAUGACCACACGUCAAAUGGAAACAAGGACACUCCUAGCAAAAAUGUCAACAUGUUUGUACGGGUUAGUGUUUAUGAACACUGUAUGUACUAGGUGGAUGUAUACUAUGUAUUACAUACCAUUUUGAAACCCCAACAAA